AACCGGAAAUACUCGCAGGGUGGGAUUUUACUUCCGUGAUCUCCAGUCGAUGCUAACAGUCCGGAAACAUGAAGUUAUCUAUUUUAUUCAGCUUAUUCUGUACUUUAUGGGUUACUGAUAGCAUUGAUAUCGAUAAUACCGCGGGUCAGUUCUUCAGCAGCGGUCAUACGAACAACUGGGCCGUCCUGGUGUGCACCUCUAGAUUCUGGUUCAACUACAGACAUGUGGCCAACACCUUGUCUGUUUACAGAAGCGUUAAAAGGCUCGGCAUCCCUGACAGCCACAUAGUUCUGAUGCUAGCUGAUGACAUGGCUUGUAACCACAGAAAUCCCAAACCAGCCACAGUAUUUAGCCACAGGAAUAUGGAGCUUAAUGUGUAUGGUGAUGAUGUGGAGGUGGACUACAGAGGGUACGAGGUGACCGUGGAGAACUUUCUGCGUGUCUUGACUGGACGGCUUCCCCCGAGCACCCCGCGCUCCAAGCGCCUUCUUUCUGAUGACCGAAGCAACAUCCUCAUUUACCUAACAGGUCACGGUGGAAACGGCUUUCUGAAGUUCCAGGACUCUGAGGAGAUCAGUAAUGUGGAACUGGCUGAUGCCUUUGAGCAGAUGUGGCAGAAGAGAAGGUACAACGAGCUGCUCUUCAUCAUCGACACCUGCCAGGGCGCCUCCAUGUACGAGAGGUUUUACUCCCCAAACAUCAUGGCUCUCGCCAGCAGCCAGGUCGGGGAGGACUCCCUGUCGCACCAGCCUGAUUUGGCCAUAGGAGUCCAUCUGAUGGACCGCUACACCUUCUACCUGCUGGAGUUUCUGGAAGACAUCCAUCCAGCCAGCAAAUCUAACAUGAACGAUCUGUUUAAAGUUUGUCCGAAGAGCCAGUGCGUUUCCACUCCGGGUCAUCGGACCGACCUGUUCCUCAGGGAUCCGGGAAGUGUUCUCAUCACAGAUUUUUUCGGUAGUGUCCGUAAAGUCGAGAUCACCAUGGAGGCCAUACACCUAACCGACCCUAUCCUACAGCUAGAGGACGGCCCCAUGAGCGAAGAGGUGCAGGAGAAGACGUACUCGUACGUGGACCAACUGCCGGUGUCUGAGAUCAUCCAUCAGAAACCAAAGCAGAAAGACUGGCAUCCUCCCGAUGGCUUCAUCCUGGGCCUGUGGACUUUAAUCCUCCUGGUGUUUUUCAAGACUUACGGCAUCAAGCACCUCAAACACAUCUUCUGAGGACCUGCUACUCGCACAUCUGGACACCUCAGGACCAAGGGUCCUUUUUGGAGGGAUCAGGGUGGAGGUUAGAGUGCUGUUUGUGACCACCAUGUUGCUCUGAAAGUGGGAAAAGUGUGCAGCAAGAACUACUGAUUUUCUGAAAACUACAAAAAAAAAAAAAAAAACUGUGCCUUUUUUUAUUUGAAAGAACUUGCAUUCACUUUUUUAUUUUCUGCCUCACUAAGGACUUCUACAAAUGUAUUUAUUUGUAUCGAUGCCGAGUUUCGUCACGCCAGUCCUCAGCUGCAUUGAUACGCUUUAAAAAAGCACCGAACUGAGCCCGCAGAUAAUUUAAUUUGGUGCGAGAGCGUGCCGCCGUGCAUAUUUCAGCAGCCACAGCCUAUUUGUUUAAGUGCUACUCGGUGCGUCUGCUGGGUCAGAAAAGAAAAAACGUGCAAGGCUGAUUGGCUGUGAGAGCUCUGUGGAGAGAUAUCUAUUGAACGUUCAUAUGCGGUACCGUCCUGAAAGAUAACUAUUGCAGAUAAUCCCAUCUCACACCAGGAAGCUGUUUUCAUUCACUAAAUGUGGAAACAUCUAUUAGUUCCACUGCUGAUUGUAUUCUGGCUGAUGUGUCUGGUUCUACAGCUGCAUUAAGCGAGUGCCCCCCAGGGGGCCACCAGCCCAAACGAAUCUCCUUCUCUUAGGGCGAAGCCAAAAGAAAAGACGACCUUUCUCACCUUGUGUAGCUGCUCUGCAUUAGGCUUGUUGUUCGGAGGGGGAGUGUGAGAUUGAUUCUAAAGGUGUAAGGAUUGAACUGGUUGUGGUUUGUCUUCGCUCCUUGGCGUGAAACCCGCCCACCGGCUGCACGCUGCCAAUCCACCUUGCAGCUGAAAUGAAAAAAGGACAGAGUUGGUAAUGAAACCAUAUGUACCGAGCAGCAGCUGCUGCGUCAGCCGCUCCGGCUAUCUUUUCUUAUACAUUAUUUAUGCUGCUUUUUUUUCACCUCUUAUUCCUGUUCCUUAUAUUUCCUGUAAUCUUGUUUGUUUUACUCUCCUUUCAAAGGGAUCAAACACUGUUUUUUUCCCCAGUGAAAUUACAUUUGAUUGAAUAUAAAAUAAAAAGAAUAAAUGUUUUUAACUGA